AUGUCCAGAGAAGAAUGCAUUUCUUGGUUUCAUGGAAAGUUAUCAAGGGAUGAUGCUGAAAAACUAAUUCAAGAUCUUAAUUCAGAGGGUGGAUUUUUAGUUAGAGAAAGUUUCGCAUCACCCGGUGAUUUCGUUUUAACAUUACUUCAUAAUGGUGAUAUUGUUCAUUAUCAAAUACUACGCCAUGGAGAAGAUGCAUUUUUUAGUAUCGAUAAUGAACACAUUUUUCACGGGUUAGAAACUCUCAUUAACUAUCAUCAAGAAAAUGAAAACGGUUUAAUAACUAAACUAACAAAUUUUUGCAAAAAAGAUCCACCUCCUCACGAUACCAGAUGCCAUGGUAAAACAAAUUUACUACACAGAGCAACCAAAGAAGGUAAUUACACGGUAGUAUCGGAAUUACUAAAAUGUGGAUACAGGAACACUGAUGCUAAAAGCGAAGAUGGUCAAACUGCUGCACAUUUAGCUAGCAGAAAAGGAGCAGAUGAUAUAUUAAUAAAAUUAAUUGAAACAGGUGCUAACAUUAAUUGUAGGGAUACAGCGGGAUACACUCCUUUACAUUAUGCAUGCCAAAGCAAUCACUUAACAACGAUUAGACUGCUUAUACAAAAAGGUGAAGCACAAGUUCAAAGUAGAAAUGCUAACACUGGUUGGGUGCCUUUACACGAAGCCGCUUGGAGAGGAUUAUCAGAAGUCAUACAGCUUUUAUUAGGUUUAAAUGCUCCUGCACAUCCUAGAACACUAGAGGGUGAAACUCCUCUUAUGUUAGCUCAAAGAAAAGGAUUUCAAGACUGCGUUGAAAUUUUACGUAAAUACAAAGCUCCGAAACCGGUACUUUCCAAAUACAAUUGGUAUCACGGUACACUAGAUAGAAAAGAAGCCGUUGAAUUACUUAAAGAAUAUGGUAAUAAAGAAGGUUCUUAUUUAGUUCGAUAUAGUCAUAAAAAUGGCGGAGUUUACGUUCUAACGAUGAUAGUCAACGAUAGAAGUUUUCAUUUUCAAAUAAAAAACGAAAAUGGAUAUUAUUUUAUCGACGAUGGUCCUUUGUUAGAAAGUUUAGAACACGUUAUAGAUUAUUAUAGUAGAAUGCAAGAUGGUUUACCGACCGUUUUGCAAAUUCCAGUGCCACCCAAACCAAAACCUCCAGUGCCAGAAUUUCCAAGACAUGGCCUUUCAGCCACGAUGCCUUUAAAAAAAAAGAAUCACCAAAGAGACGUUGGUAAUUCUUUAACGGUGGAUGCCGAGUCCAACGCCACCACGAUGACUCGAAGAUCGUCUACGCCAUUGAUAAUUUCCACCGGAACCGGAGAUAAAUCGACGAAUAAAAAAGUCGUGACGAACAAUUGCACUCAAGUACCUCAGGUGCUUCUCAAGGGAGAGGAAAUCGUUUCCGAACCUCCAGGUUGCAUACAAAGUUGCAGGUUAAAAUUGGGUAACGUUUUGGGAGAGGGCGAAUACGGAUUCGUUUACAAGGGAACUUAUCAAGUGGACGAUUUUAAAACUAUCGACGUUGCCGUUAAAACUCUUCACAACGAACAUUUACCCGUUAACCGAUGCGAAUUUAUAAGGGAAGCCAAAGUAAUGACUAGUUUAAAUCAUCAUUGCGUCGUUAAAUUAAUCGGUCUUUCUCAGGGACCCCCGCUCAUGAUGGUACAAGAAUUAGUUCCUCUAGGAUCCAUGUUAGCUUAUUUAAUAGAAUUCCCGGAUAGAGUAAAUCCAAAUUACGAAUUGAAAUUAUGGGCUUCGCAAAUUGCGUGCGGUAUGAAAUAUUUAGAAGAACAAAGAUUCGUUCAUAGGGAUUUAGCGGCGAGAAACAUACUCCUGUCGUCUAGGCACCAAGCGAAAAUAAGCGAUUUCGGUCUUUCCAGAGUCAUUUCCAGCGACAGUCAAUAUUACAAAGCGACCGUUGGUGGUCGAUGGCCUAUCAAAUGGUACGCACCGGAGUCAUUUAAUUUCGGUACAUUUUCUCACGCGAGCGACGUUUGGAGUUUCGGCAUAACGCUUUGGGAAAUGUUUUCUUUCGGUCAGCAACCCUACGGCGACAUGAAGGGAAGCGAAGUUAUAAAACGAGUCGAAGAGGGAGAAAGACUUUCGAAACCGGAAAAUUGUCCGGAAGAAGUGUACAAGAUAAUGGAACAAUGUUGGAAUUUCGAACCCACGAUGAGGCCGACGUUUGCUCAACUCCUAAACAUAUUUUCAACGGAUCCAGAAUAUAUAAACAUUAGAGAAUUGGUCAUAGGGAGCGACAUCUCUUGA